AUGCGGUCUAAAGUUUGGGGACCCUUUCUAGUUUUGACGGGCAACAAUGCCAAACGUUGCGAAGUUGCUCUACUCAUUUUGCACCUCUUCGGAUUGUUGUGGUCUGUCUGCCGGUUUCAUUUUGGUCAACGGUCAAACCUGUCUCUGAUGAGGCGAGCUGUGUUCUUUAUCGGUGCGGGCCCGUCCAAGACAAUGUAUGUGCGGGGACGAGGGUCCCGGACGACGCUUGGGAUGGUUCGCAAUGCACCGGGGCCACCGGCGGUGGAUUAUGAGCCUGUUCAGAGUCUGUCAUGGCUGCUCGGAUCCGUAGAGUACGAGAAGACCGAGAGAGGAACCAGCGACUCCUGGGAGAAGGAGCGGCAGGUGGAUGAAGUCCUGCCUUGCUUCGGGGUCAAGCAGGAAGAGAACUCUCCUAUCGAUUUCGGGCCGUACAAGACUGAUCGGUUCACCUUGAACAAGAAGAGCUGGCCUGGUCAGAGGCCACAGCCCACCCCUUACGAGACCAUCACGGUGUUUGUCAAUGAUCUGCAUGGAGAAAAGGUUCCUAUCAAGUGCAGGAUAGCGGACUCCGUCGAGUCGUUCAGGUUGAAGGUGUGGAACAAGAUGCAGGCGCAGAUGCACUUGCAGACUCUGGACGAUGAUGCGGAUGCAAGGUUCUUCAGUGCCGUCUUCAAUCCUGGGAAUGUAGAAACGAAGCUUAGCAUCGUCAGCGACGUCGGCUUGUCCAAGCAGAUCCCCGGGAGCUCUCACUACUCCAAGGAAGUGCGCAUUGACGGUUCGAGCGUCGUUCCAGACCGGAUGCUCAGAAAGCCUAUCCCUUGUCCGCGCAAGUACAAUCCACCGAGACGCUGCCCUGAGAAGCCGAGCGAUCUUGAUCUCUUCAUCGGCUCUGUGAAACUGGAGGACGGUCAACUCGAUCUCUCCAAGACCAUCAACACAGGAGCGAAACCACCUUAUCUCAUGACCUACCUCAAGGACUAUUGCGUUGCCCCGGGAACCGUCUUUCGUGCAGAAUAUACACAGACAGCAGCAGAAUACAAGAUGAAGAAUCCUGAAAUGGACGUCUCCAAGCUCGGACCGAUACCAGAAGCCGACACAGUCGUGACAAGGGCACGAGACACGGUUCUCGAUCCAGACUUCUACAUCUCCUCCUUGGAGCAGGCCCCAAGACUCAUCGCCGACUUCUUCGCGUUCCCGGAGGACGAGGAUGGGCCCUUCGUUGGCAGGCUGACUGAGAUCGGUGAAUCCUCGGCUUCCAAGACGUUCACGAACCACGGGCUCAGCAACCCUCAGGAUAUGACCAAAUCCAUCGUGAUGGUGUAA